AUGAGUGUAGAAGUGUUGGAUGGUGCCACCAUUGUGAACUUCGUGCAUGACGAAGAAGCGUUUAAUGCUUGGGUUCAUGCCCAUUUUAUGAAACUCGAUACAAACCAUGAUGGCCUUCUUUCAUACGACGAGAUGUUAGCUGAGUUAAGGAGUUUUAGAGUCUUCGAAUGCCACUUUGGUGUUGAUGUUAAGACUGAUCCAGACGAGGCGUCUCGGGUGUACAAUGCAAUGCUUGUGCAGUUUGAUCAUGACUUGAACGGGACAGUAGACUUGCAAGAAUUCAAAGAAGAGAGCAAGAGAAUGAUGUUAGGGAUUGCAAAUGGAUUAGGGUUCUUGCCCGUUCAAAUGGUGUUGGAAGAAGGCAGCUUUCUCAAGAAUGCAGUAGAAAGGGAAUUAACCAAAUUAGCUGCAGCCUAA